AUGCUGGAGAGGCUUUUGAGGUUCUGGGGCCUGCCCCUUUGGACUGUGUGCCCCGGGGCAGAGCCGCACCUACGGCGUCGGUAUCUGACAUUCUCCUGUCCUUCCCCAGGGAUGUGCUGGUUGCCUCUUCCUCAAGGGGUCUUGGGUUUGAGGCUGCUUUUAGACGCUUUAUUUUAUUGGAAGAUAGGCUGGAUCAUUUUUGGUUUGGUGAUAACCACUGCGCACCUCUGCGUACUAUGUUAUUCAGCACUGUACGACGAGCUUAAGACGACCCGUUACUUCCCACUCCUCGUGAUGAUGUGCACCCUUGGUUUCAUUCGUCUCAUAUGUUGCUGCAUCAUUUUUGAGCGCAUAAGAGACCUGCGAGUAGUGUGGUGGUCCCGACCAGUGGUGGGGGAAGUUAUGCAACUCUUGAAGUGUGCUUGUUGGCAGGUGGAACGUAUGGCUUCGUGUGCAUCUUCUUGCGUCAUGUUUGCCGCUCUGCAUGUUAUGUACACUGAGGGCAGCUGCACUAGCACCGCUCCUUUCCUGUGUCGUUAUAUGUCAGUAAUAAUCCUUUGCUUCCUCUCCCUCCUCGGGCCGAACGUGGUAGUGUUGCUAGGCACCAUCGCGGCCUUUAUCUGCGUCUGCUGCACCACGGAGGCGCAGCUGGCAGUACUCUUUGUUAAUGAACCGAUUGCGAACUACAGCCUUCCCUCUCGUAUACUCCACAAGCUCAAAGAAAAAACGUGGUCUCAGCUGCAGUGCGCAUACACCACAUUGUCAAUCAUGUCUGCCCCGUAUCCUGGGGUGUUGGACUCGGCUAUUUGCUCUAUCUGCCUAUGUGAAUACCGGUCAGAAGAUCUGAUCCGCAUCCUUCCGUGUGGCCACCUAUUUCAUUCUGUGUGUAUCACUAGGUGGUUCCGAUCACGUGCUUCUUGCCCCUUGCGGUGUCACCUCAACUUCUGUACCGGCGAAAUCGAGAUAUCUAGACGGACUGAUAUAGAGGCGCAGCAGGAGUGGGCAUUAGAGUCAAGUGAAGAGCAGGAGCGGCUUUCUUCGUCCUACUACGUGCCCCAGGUAUCGGAAGAGAGAGGAGCAACGACUCCCUCGGAAGAACAGGAAGAUCAGCAGGCAGAAGGCACAGCAGGACAUGCUGAGCAGGAGCAUCACUUUAGUGCAGUGGAUAGCAGAUACCCGGUUUAA